AUGUUUACAAAUAAAGAUAACUUUGCAAUUUAUCUUAAAAUUCAAGAAGUACGAUAAAUUUACUCCAAUUUUAAAUCGACUGUCCUUCUUUAACUCGAAAAACUCGAAAAUUAAAUUGAAACUAUAAUUUAUGAGCUUUCUCAAAGGGAUGAACUUGAUUCAAUUUGUUAAAAUAUUAUUGAAAAUGACAAUUCUACACUAAAUGAUGAUGAAGUGCAAGAGAUAGCUCAAAUUUGGAAUAAAAUCUCCUAUCAGAAAAACGAUGAAUAUUUCCCAAAGUUUAGUGAUCAAUUAGUGUCAAGAAUUUAAAAGACUUUGAAAUUAUGGGAAUAAUAAAUUUAAGAGACAUUAUAAAUGGAUCUUAGAAUUAUUCCCAUUUAUUCAAAAUCCUUAUACAAAUUUGAUCUUAAUACCAAGUUUCCAAGCAUAUAAGUAAAUGAUGAAAUUAUGAUUGAAUAAACUCAAAGUUAAACUCAUUAUUGCUUUGCUGUAGUUGAUUAAAGACUGAAUUAAAUAGAAACUAGUUCAAUAAAAUUCAAGUUUCCAAAAUUUAUAGGCGACAUUGGAGUUGGAAUUUGUGAUUUAGCGGUUUUAAAAUCAAAAAAUUUUAGACCUUAGUUGAAUUAAGUUAACAAUGGAGCAUUUGUUUGCUUUUAAGAUUCAUGUAACAUGAUUUUUAACAAUAGACACUAUAAAUACAGAACAAGAUGAAUAUAAUUGGAAGACCAAAGGUUUUAAAUACGGUGAAAGAGAUGUUAUUUAAGUAGUUUAUGAGCCAACACUCAAAAGAGCAACUUGGAUAAAAGUUUAAGUAAAGAAUUAAAUAUAAUUUUAGAAACCUGAAGAUGGUUAUUCAGUAGUAUUAUUAAAUGAUAAAAGGGAAUUGUAUUUUUGUUGUAUUGUUAAAACAUAAGGAGCUAAAGUAGAAAUAGUUGUGGAUUGA